AAGCAGGGAGAGGCGGAGGAGAAACGAAGAGAGAGAGCGCCCAACCCUGUACACGGCAACAACACACCGAGAGAGAGAGAGAGAGAGAGAGAGGGAGAGACUUUACUGGUGAAGAAAGAGGAAUAGUCGACGCCGUGGAUAUGAUCUAAAAGAGUAUCCGAAGAGGCAAACAAUACAACUUUCUCCCAAAUAGCAAAUUGAUUCAAAAAGGUGGAAAACUGCCAAAAAGAUUACUAUUAUUCAAAUUCACCCCACCCGAUCAACCCCCCCCCCCUCUGCACCCUAGCUACCGAGAUGCACACGGAGACUCGAAGCAAGAAAUGCCAGUCGAGUCCUAAGAAGGCCAGCAGUGGUGCCACCUCCCAGUCCCAACCACAUCCAAAGGUGCCCCAACCCAAGAAGGAGCCCCAACCCAAGAAGGAGCCCCAACCCAAGAAGGAGCCCCAACCCAAGGUUCCCAAGAAGGAACCCAAGACCGAGCCCCAGACCCAGGUGGAAGAAGAAGACAUGCCCUCAGUACACAUCAAACCAGAACCAGAAGAGGUGGAGUGCACGCAGGCUGAAGUGGGUGAGGAGUUUCCCCAGCCUACAGACCUGAAGAUCAAGACAGAGAAGACCCAACCUGAGUCUCCCCCUCCCCUCUGCACAGCCACAGACAUGACCAUAGACACAACCACAACAGACACACAAGACGACUCCUCCCGCCCCUCAGAGGACCAGACAGAACCUGUCGACCUGUCACUUGGCAAGCCACGCCCCUCCCUGCCCGUUUCUACACCGUCCACCACAGCCAACCCCGCCCCCAGCUCCGUGGCGCCGCCCACACUGUCGGCAAACCACAUCCCUACGGUAACCAUUCUAGACACCAUGAUGCUCUCUCCCGGGUCCAUCCUAGCAUCCACCCAGGGGGCAGGCGGUCAGCAGAUCCUGCAUGUCAUCCACACCAUCCCGUCGGUCAACAUGCCCAGUAAGAUGGGCCAGCUGCAGACCAUCCCCGUGGUGGUCCAGUCUCUGCCCUUGGUCUACACCACCAUGCCCACGGACGGGGUGGCCACCGCUGCCAUCACAGUGCCCCUCAUCGGGAGCGACGGGCGCUCUGAGGGAUCCGUGCGUAUCAAGCCUGGCUCGGCGUCCCCAGUGGAGUACCAGAGUGACAGUGAUGUGGAGAGUGGGACAGAGUCGGGCUCAGCUUCCUUCAGUACACCGGGACUGGACACAGGGUCGGGCGUAGACAUGGACAUGCAGGUGGAUCCUGAUUCGCCGGAUAUGAAGAGGAGGCGUGUCCAUAUGUGUGACUAUGAUGGCUGUAACAAGGUGUACACCAAGAGCUCACACCUUAAAGCCCACCGCAGGAUACACACAGGAGAGAAGCCAUACCACUGUACAUGGGAGGGCUGUACCUGGAGGUUCGCCCGGUCAGACGAGCUGACACGACACUUCCGUAAACACACGGGCAUCAAGCCCUUCCGCUGCACCGACUGUGACCGCUCCUUCUCCCGGUCCGACCACCUAGCCCUGCACCGGAGACGCCACGUCAUGAUGUGAACCAUGACCUCUGGCCCCUGAUCUUUAAACCCUUCCCCCUACUACCAUCCCCCCCCCCCCCCCCCCCCCCCACCCCCCCGGGUACUCAACUGAAACUCAGAAGGGAGGGGCUAAACCCUGAAUGGUCACUUCCUGUUCCUGUCUCUUUUCUCUCCUCGUCCUCUAAUUUGAACUGUGGGUCAUCAUGGAGAUCAGGAAAUGAAAGAGGUGGAGAACACAGAUUGCAAAGUAAAUGAUGAGAGCAGUUCAUUGUUGUUAUUUGGUUGCCCAGCACCUGAAGGGGGAGUCCACCACUCUUCACAGCCACUCUCACCCCAAUGCUUACCUUCUCAUCUCUCCCUCACACCCCACUCAGUGUGACCAUGGCAUGACACCAUCCUCCUCUAUGGCUUCCUAUCCUAUCCUGGACUGAGAGAGAGACAGAGAACGGACUUUGAAAUGAUGCAGGGAUGCCUAAACCAUACACUCAGCUCUGAGGAAGAAGAUGAGGGAGGAAGAGAACGGAGAGGAGGUGAAGGGGGCGGGGAAGGAUAUGUGGCUUUUGUCUUGUUUGUUGAUUUCAGAGGGGAAGAUACUGUAGAUACCUUUACUGUAUUUUCCUUCUCAACUUCUGUGAUCCUGCAUUGUGUGUGUGUGUGUGUGCGUGCGUGCGUGCGUUAGUGAAGCGUGUGCUAUUUAAAGACAGUUGAAGAUGCAUAAAGUCCUUUCCUCCAUAUUCUUCCCGAGCAGAGUUCGCAGACCCCUCGGAGUGUGUGGGGUAGAACUGUUCUAUUCUAUCUAAUUCAACCCCCCCUCCACUCCCCCUUCCCCUAAAACAGGGAGCUACAAGACUGUGAAUUUUUAUUAAGAUUCUGUUUUCCUCCAUUUCAAUCAGAAAUGAAAUCAUGUUCACUUGCCCCACAUUUUUAACUUGUUUGUUCAGUAACAGUAUUUGUUGUUUUAAAAAAGGCCUUUUUUCCUUCUUCUCCUUCCCUCCUUCUCUUUGCCAGUGAAUGGCUCUUAACAGAAUAACAUCCCUUUUUUUUGUAUAUUUCAAAUCCUUAGAUUGUGUUUGAGGCUGUGAAAGUAUAAGAAAAAAAAGUUUGAGAUUACAAAUGGAACUCUCGCAGGGAUCUAGGGGAGCUUGUGUGUGUGUUUUUUGCGUGUCUAUGGACGUGUGUGUGUGUGUGUGUGUGUGGAACAAAUAAUCAGAACUGAUGAUUUUAGAAGUGUGUGUUUGGGGCAGCAGAGUGUUACCUCUUGCUCGUCGGCGCCUUAAUGAAUCAAAGUCAAUCUGAGAAACUCUGGUUUUAGAAACGCGCAUUUAUUUUGGUCUUCAGGGUUACCCAGGAAACGGGGUCUUAUCGCCCUGACGACAGGUCACGAGGCACUCUCUUUUUUGUUACAAGCAUUUCUACCCAGACUCAGAUCAGGGCUUGUAUUUACAGAGUCACAGAGUAAGAUUUUUGAUCUAGGAUCAGAUCUGCCCUUUCCAUACGAUCUUAUUCAUUAUGAUCUAAAAAGGCAAAACCGAUCCUAGAUCAGGAAUUUACUGAUCUUCAUGUCUUAAGCUGGCUGUUUUUAGCUCCUGCUCUCUGGGUUCACUUGAUUAUGCAACUUCCACAGACCUCACUCCUUACGCUGUACUGGGGUCAGUGGAUAAGUAUGUGUUGCUAGUGGAACAUACAAAGAGCUCACUCCAAAGUGCUGUUAUGGAGUAAGUAGCAACAUACAUCUUGCUACUGGGACAUACACAGAUCUUGCUCCUAAGGGCUGUACUGAAGCCAGUGGCUAAGUACGUGUUGCCACUGGAACGCACAGCUCCUGUGGUACUAGUGCUGAGUGAUUAACUGAAAUGUCGGUUAUUUUAAGUUUUUCAAACAACUAAUUGACCAACAUCAGUUCAAUUAUUUAAAUUCCAUUGUUCCGUUUUUUUUUCAGUGAGCUCAUUGCACAGUUUCUGUACAAAUAAAUCAGAUAUAGACUGAAAUGUUUGAUGUGGGAGGGAGUUGUAGUUUCAACAGGGCCAAUAUUCCAAAUAGUUUAGCUCAUAAAACGCGGUGAAUAACUACAAUGACCAUAAUCCAUUGCGCAUCUACUUGUCUGGUCUAUGUUUUCUUUUACGCCAGCUAAAAAGAAGAAGAAUGCGUGAUCGUGAGAGGAUGCAGAGAGCAGCUGUUGGUUCGCAAGGUAUCUGUACCUGCAAAUACAUGAUCUAAGUGAUUGAUAGUUGGUAUUCAGCAGUCAUAAAAUAUGCGUUAUUUACUUUGAAGCACUACUAAAAUAGUGAUUUUGUCAGACAGCAGGCAGCAGCUCAAUAGAGAUGAGAUGAGUUGGAAUGAAAUACAAAUACAAAACUACACCUCCCUCCUACAUCAAACAGUUCUGGCUGUAAAGUCAUCAAAUAAAACAAAUGUAAUAUACACAACAGCUGAAAUAUUUGAUUAAAGUAAAGUGAUGUGAAUAAAUGUUGGUUAAUAUAAGUGAUGCACAGUAAUGGGCAGUCACUACCUCCAUGGGACUUUUGUUAUUUGUUUUGUCCUGUGUUAUUACAGCAUUCAACCCGCAUAAUGCAUAGUGCAUUUAAUGUUUUUUUUUUUUUUAAAUCAUCAAAACCGCGAUUAUAUUUGAAUAGUUGAACCCGAAACCGAACCGACCUCAAAAAGUACUAAUCGCUCAGCACUAUGUGGGACAUGCAUACAGAGAGGGCAUACUUGAGGACAUGUAAAACAAAUUGUUUGGCUGUCUCGUUAGCAGUCGCAGCAGCCAUAAUCAUUUCAAACGCUAGCUAAAUAAAACACGAGCGAAUUGUAACAUCCCUUUUCUGUUGACAAUUUAAAAAACUAAAUGCAGAUAAUGCUUGUCUGACUCUGAGCCCAGCCUUGGUGUGAGUUGAGUUGAGCGCAUGCCGGAAGCAGCGAGAGAUCUUAUUGGUCCACACAGAGCAAUGCAAUGUUCCUAUGAGUUUCUCUCAUUCUCUGCUUCGACUCCUAACAAUGAUACUAAGCACAUCUUUCUAGAAGAGUAUAUGCAUUUGAUUGCAACUUGUUUUGUUUUGUAAACUGUUCAUAUUAGAUGUUAAGGACUAUGAGAAUAAUGAAAAAGAAUAAGAAGUGUACAUUCUGUAUAUAAAUCAAAAAGCAAAAUAAAUGUAACAGGUGGAGUUCUAUUUUUAACACUGACUAGACAAUGUGAAAAUAUCAUUUGUAUUUUCUUUUCUCCUCUGUUGGAUGGAUUUACAAAUGAAAUGUGUAUAAAAAGUUAAAUUCCUUCUUUACAAAAAAAAUCCCCCAAAAUCGGUCCCUUUUGUGUUGUGCUCACUGUUGUUGCAUGGAGAGUAGCAUUUGUUUUUGUGAAGUCGGUGAGCAUGUCGGUGUGAACAUGGUGCCCUAACCUAACAGUUAUGAUGACCUGCAACAAGCACUGAAAAAUCUGAAGAACCGUCUCGACCAUAUCCUUAUCCCAAAAGUCACCCUAUUCCCUACGUAGUGCAUUACCUUAGGGUUCUGGUCAAAAGUAGUGCACUAUAUAGAGAGAAGGAUGCAAUUGUGGACACACCCCAAUGCUGAAAAACUGAUAAUGUGUCAUAUCUGUUGUCGUCGGUCAAACCCACCUCAAUGCAUAGACAUGGCAAUGCCAGUGAUAUACAAUACAAGACACCAACUCAUCCAUAUGAAAUAACAUCAGAAUAAUUUUUUAUGUACUCCAUAUACCACAAAGAAAACCAUCCAGUAAUACAUCAAUACACCACGAUAGUGAUGCCCUUGACCAAGAACAUGCAUCUAUGGUUCAGACUUGGCAGCAUACAACUGAAGACUUCAUGACCAUCUGCUCCUUACUGUAUCUGAACAAGCACGUUUAUCCACUAUUCGCUAGUCACCCAUCACUUCUACAAUACGGCACCACAUAAUGUAAGGGUAGAUUGAUUGAUUGUGUGUGUGUGUGUGUGUGUGUGUGCGCGCGUGUGUAUUACUGAGCGUGUGUGAGUGUGCUUUUUCUUAUCAUUAAUCAAAACUCUUUAAGAAAUCAUAAUUUUAGGUAUUUUUUAUUGAAUGCAGUAAUUUAUGGGCCAGUACUAUAUUACUCAGUGCAAUGCAGUUAUCGUUAUAAUAAUACAAGUCAUUAAUAUUAUUUCUUUUGUAUUUGUACAGAACAAAUGUGUAAAGAUCAGUGAGGAAAACGUGAGCUUUUUGAUACUGUGAGAUGUUGUUUCAUUAAGUCAGUUUCCCCCUGUACAGUUGUGAUUUACCCCACUCCUUUUAUAGAAUAAAAUGUUUUUGGUUCAGA